AUGGCCAACGACGAAUAUGACUUCCUCUUUAAAGUGGUGUUGAUUGGAGACUCGGGCGUCGGAAAGUCCAACCUUCUCAGUCGAUUCACCCGCAAUGAGUUCAACCUCGACUCCAAGUCGACGAUUGGUGUCGAGUUCGCCACUAGAUCCAUCCAAGUCGACUCUAAGACGAUCAAGGCACAGAUUUGGGAUACCGCCGGCCAGGAGCGCUACCGCGCCAUCACCUCGGCCUACUACAGAGGAGCUGUCGGUGCCCUCCUCGUCUACGACAUCAGCAAGCACCAAACAUACGAGAACGUCACCCGAUGGCUGAAGGAACUGCGGGACCACGCCGAUGCCAAUAUUGUCAUCAUGCUGGUCGGAAACAAGAGCGAUUUGCGCCACCUGCGAGCGGUGCCUACAGAGGAGGCCAAGGCUUUCGCCAGCGAGAACCACCUCUCAUUCAUCGAGACAUCUGCCCUCGACGCCAGCAAUGUCGAGCUCGCCUUCCAGAACAUCCUAACCGAGAUCUACCGAAUCGUAUCAAGCAAGGCCCUCGACUCGGGUGACGGACCUCAAGCCACAAUCGGAGCCGGCCCCGGCAUUUCGCUCACCAAGCCUGCGGACGACAGCGCAGAGAAGAGUGGCAAGUGCUGUUAA